CCCUCACAUUUAUCACAUCAUUGCCAACGGGACGCUAUAAAUACUGAGCAAAAGGCUCAGUCAGAGUCUCAGGCAUCAAACCAGGAUCACUGAGGUGUCCUUAUUUUGUAUCAUCAUGAGGGGGUUUGUACUCGUCCUUGCGCUGGCAGUCCUGUCAGGAUGCCAAGCAAGAAGCGUGCCUCAGGACUGGGAGCGCUCCUGGGAGGCUGCCGUGGAAAAGAUGCAGGACUAUUUCACAGAGCUGAACACCAGGGCCGAGGAGGCGGUGAAAGACAUCAAGAGCUACCAGAUCAGCCGAGAACUGGACACCCUGGUCUCGGACAGCGUAUCAGAGCUGACCAUGUACAAGGAAGACCUGCACACCAAGCUGGCCCCCUACACCAAGGAGGCGGCGGAGCGCCUGGCCACGGACCUGCAGCCGCUGGUCGACAAACUGCGCACUCACAUAGCCGACGCCCAGGACCAGAUGGACAAGUACACCCAGGAGCUGCAGACCAUGAUGGAGCAGAACGUGGAGGACGUCAGGGCUAGAAUGACCAGCUACACCCGCAAGCUGAAGAAACGCCUGAGCAAGGACACGCAGGAGAUCAAGAAGCACGUGACCGACUACUUUGAGGAGCUUCACUCUCGCACCUCCAGCAACAUGGAGGAGGUGAAGACGCGCGUGGACCCUUACAUCGCUCAGGUGCGGGACAACGCCCAGGCCAAGAUCACCACCCUCAACGAGCUGCUGAAGACCCAGGUGGACAACAUCAAGGACACGAUGGAGACCACAGCCAACGACAUCAGGGGCCAAGUGGAGAACAUGAAAUCCAACAUGGAGGAGCACAUGGAGGAGGUGCGCAAGUGGUUCCAGCCCUACGUCGCCAUGUUCAGUUAAACCCUGUGAACCUCAUCUGUCACCAGUGUAAAUGAAACAUUUGUUAUAUUACUAAUGUCAAGCACAGUGUGAAUGUUCUGCUCUGUCACUUUAAUAAAAGCCAACUGCCCUCAUGA